CUCUGCCAUCAGUCUUCGAUUGGCAAUUGUCCUCUUCGGUGAAAAAAAAAGAGUUUUCCUCAAAAAUCUACGUGAAAAAAUGUCCAGCGAACAUAGAACCUGUCCCACGAACGGGCAGCACCCCUGCAAGAACGGAACCGCGGCCACAGACAUCGACUUUGAGUCGUACUUUGUGCGGCCGGAUCUGCAGUCCCGGUGCACCUGGAAGCUCGGAACGACGGAAGCCAACCCGCACCAGAACCGGCCACCAAUCUACCACGACAAAGCCAUCAACAACAUCCUCGAGGCGAUCGGAAAUACUCCCCUGGUCAAGCUAAACAAACUUCCGCAGCAAUUUGGCGUGAAAUGCAAUGUCUACGUCAAGUGCGAAUUCCUGAACCCGGCCGGCUCGGUCAAGGAUCGCAUCGGUCUGCGCAUGAUCGAGGAAGCCGAACAGCGGGGCCUGCUGAAGCCCGGAUCGACCAUCAUCGAGCCCACGUCCGGAAACACCGGAAUCGGCCUGGCGCUGGGUGCCGCCGUCAAGGGCUACAAAUGCGUCAUCGUGAUGCCGGAGAAGAUGUCCAACGAGAAGGUGGACACGCUGCAGGCACUCGGCGCCGAAGUGAUCCGAACGCCGAACGAGGCCUCGUUCGAUUCGCCGGAAGGGUUGAUCGCGGUGGCGCAGCGCUUGCAACGGGAACGACCGAACGCGGUCAUCUUGAACCAGUACACCAAUUCGGGCAAUCCGUUGUCGCACUACGACGGAACGGGCACGGAAAUUGCCAAACAGUUGGACGGAAAGGUGGACAUGGUCGUGAUGGGCGCGGGAACCGGUGGAACUGCCACCGGAUUGGGUCGCAAACUGAAGGAAGUCAACCCCAACUGCAAAGUGGUCUGUUCGGAUCCGCUCGGGUCGAUUUUGGCCUUCCCGGCGAACCUUAACGUUACCGAUUGCAAGUUUUGGGAGGUGGAAGGCGUCGGCUAUGACUUUAUUCCAACGGUUCUGGACCGCUCGAUCGUCGAUCAGUGGAUCAAGUACAACGACAAGGACGCAUUCACGACGGCCAGAAAGCUGAUUGCCGAGGAGGGACUUCUUCUGGGUGGCAGCGCCGGUGGAAACUGCUUUGUUGCCCUUCAGGCGGCCAGAGAGCUGAAGGAGGGCCAAAACUGCGUGGUGAUCGCACCGGACAACAUCCGGAACCAUCUGACCAAGUUCGUAUCGGACAACUGGAUGGAGGCUCGCAAUUUCAAGGAUUGCGUCAAUGUCCAAAGUCACAAGUGGUGGAACCAACCAAUCAGCGCGCUGAACCCACGCCCUCCGGUGGCCGUCACGGAUAACGUGUCGAUCCAGGAGGCGGUCAACAUCAUGAAACCCCACGCGUACAACCAACUUCCGGUCAUUGGCUCGGAUGGGACCCUCAAGGGAAUGGUUUAUCUGUCCAAUCUGAUCGGGAAGCUCCUCAACGGAAUGGUCAAACCGACGGACCCCGUUUCCCGGGCCAUCUUCAAGCAGUUCGUGAAGGUCGAUCGCGAAUGCUGCGUCGGCAAGGCGGCCCGGAUCUUGGAAAAAGAUCCGUUCGUGCUGAUCGUGGACAGCGAAAAGAUUCAUACGGCCAAUGGCAAGUUCGAGAUCCGAGAGCGGGCCGUCGGAUUGGUGACGCAGCGGGACAUUUUGGGAUUCAUGACCUCUUUCCAGUAGAAAGGAUUUGGCGGAUCAAGUGUUGAUACAAUCAUCAGUAUUUUACUCUUAAUUUUAACAUAAAAUAAAAAUUACCUUUCGGACAAACAUAUUUUCACCAUUUAUCAAUAAAUUUAUCUUUAAAAUA